AUGAUGUCUAAUCCAGAUAGCAGAAAGAAGAUCCUCUGCCUUUUUGAUGUAGAUGGAACUUUGACCAAACCUCGCAAUGCUAUUGAACCUCACAUCAAAGACUUUUUGGUAUCCAAACUUAGGUCAAAAUAUUACAUUGGCUUAGUAGGAGGUUCAGAUUUCAGCAAAAUAUCUGAACAGAUGUGUGGCCUUGAAGUUCUCUCCAAAUUUGACUAUGUUUUCUCAGAGAAUGGCCUUGUGGAAUUUAGAAAUGGGGCUCUUCAACCACCAGUGCAGAGCAUACAAAGCUAUAUGGGUGAAGAAAAACUGCAAAAGUUUAUUAACUUUUGUUUGGCCUACUUGUCCAAGAUAACACUGCCUGUGAAAAGAGGAAACUUUGUGGAAUUCAGAACUGGAAUGAUCAACAUUUCUCCAGUGGGUAGAUCCUGUACCCAGGCAGAGAGGGAUGAAUUUGAUAAGUAUGACAAACAACAUCUGAUAAGGAAGAAAAUGAUUGAAGCAAUUGAGAAAGAGUUUCCUGGUAUUGGUUUGACAUAUAGCAUUGGUGGACAGAUUAGUUUUGAUGUCUUUCCACAUGGCUGGGACAAAAGAUACUGUCUGAAGCUAUUGGAACAGGAAGGUUUUGAGGCGAUUCAUUUCUAUGGAGAUAAGACCGAUCCAGGUGGGAACGAUCAUGAGAUUUUUACUGAUGAGAGAACUGUAGGUCAUAAAGUCACGAGUCCAAGCGAUACAAUAUCGCAAUUGGAGCAAUUGUUGUCAUGAUCAUGAAGAUACAAAUUGAAUUGAGUCUAUUUUUUGUUUGUAUUUAAUUGUGUUACAAUGGUGUAUGUGUUCUAUGGCAUUAAAUGUAAAUAAGAUGUACAUCUGGAUGAAUAUAAGUGCAUUUAUUGUAUUAUUUAUA